AUGGCGAUGGCAGAGAAGAAAGCUGAUGUCCCUCAGUUGUCUACAAGAAACUGGGUCCGAGUUACAUUGACAGCUGCCAGUGUCAAACCACUUGAAAAAGUCACCGAAGGUCUGAUCAAGAAGGCUAAAGAUCAAAAUUUAAGGGUUAAAGGCCCUGUACGUAUGCCAACAAAGGUGUUACGAAUCACUACGCGAAAAACACCAUGUGGUGAAGGCUCAAAGACUUGGGACAGGUUCCAAUUUAGAAUUCACAAACGUGUGAUUGAUCUACUAUCGACGGACGAAGCUACACAACAACUUAAACAUAUCUACCUGGAGCCUGGUGUUAACUGUGAUGUUAAAGUCGCAGGAGAUUUGUAA